AUGAACAAUGAAUCAUAUCCUCCACUGUUUAACCAACAAAGCCACCAAACCCAAAUCAUAGACAUUGAUGAACCCAUCCAAGAUCUUGAAGAUUUAGAUCUUAUCCCUAUCAUAGACCUUCAAUGUCUUAGUUUGGACAAGCUUGAGGAAGCUUGUAAAGAUUGGGGUUUAUUUCGAUUGGUCAACCAUGGGAUCCCUUCGAAGUUAAUGACCCAAAUCCAGGACCAAGCUAAGAACCUUUUCUCCCUUUCGUUUGAGCAUAAACAAGCCAUUUUAAGCAGCCCUUUGUCUUAUUUUUGGGGUACCACAGCUCAAACCAUAUCUGGGGCGGCCCUUCGAAGUCCGAAGACUAUUAGUUGGGUCAAAGUCAUUAAUUUUCCUCUAGUUAGGCUCUCGGAAUCCAGGUUCGAAGAUCCAUUACUUGACUCUUUCAGGAGUUUAAUGGAUGAAUAUGGAAGGCACCAAGCUAGGCUUGCUAGAACUAUAUACGAAUCCAUGGUGAAAAAUCUUGGUCUUGAUUCGAGACUAUCGAAAUCUUAUUUGUCGGAAUCGACUGGAUUUAUACGUGUUCAUCGGUAUCCACGGAUCCCUAAAGGUAACCAAGCAUGGGGAGUCGGAGUUCAUACAGAUAGCACAGUUCUUUCGAUAUUGAACCAAGACCAACUCGGAGGACUAGAAGUUUUCAAAGAAAACAAAUGGAUCCUUGUUAAACCCAUAGCCGAUUCCCUCAUCGUCAACCUUAGAGAUAUGAUACAGGCCAUAAGCAACGAUUUAUACACAAGUGCGAAGCAUAGAGUAAAGGUAAAGAAACAAGAGGACCGAAUCACAAUAAAUUAUUUUGUGUUUCCACAAUUUGAUUGUACCAUUCAAAGUCCAAAGUACAAGCCUUUUACUGACAAAUCUUUUCAAGCACAAGCUCAAAAGGAAAUAGAGACCUUGGGAUUUAGGGUUGCCCUUGAUAAUUUCAAGCUAAAUGCUUAG